GACCCUCCGCUCUCCCUGCCCCCGAAACCGCAGAGCAGGGGGACGGAUGGAAAGCGGGUGGGAGGUCAGGGCGCGGAGCGGGAGUGGAGGGGGACUCGGGCUCCGUGCUGGAGUGGGCAGCGCAGCCAGGCGGGCCAGAGGGGAUGGGAGCCCUCUCGCCCUCUCCUCGGGACCCCCUGCCCGGCUGGCGACCCACAAGGCGGGGAGACGAGUGAGUUCGCCCAGGGGAGCCGGCCUGGGCUGGGAAUUGGAGGAAUGGGGUGUCCUCCCCUGGGGGGGAAGGGGAGGCUUGGGUGAGCCUUGGCUGCCUCUCCCCCCGGGUAGGAUGGUCACUUUCGUGCCCGCCACUCUCACUUCCUGCUUUUCGGGAGGCUUUCCUGGCCGUCCCCGCUUCCCCGGUGGCGAGGGGAGAGGUGGGCCGCCGGGGGCGGGCGAUGAGUCACACUGACUGCCCGCCUUGGCAUCUGGGUUCAGCAAGCGAAAACGAUGAGAACCGCGGCGAUUGUCGCUUCCCUCGUUGGAGGUUCAACAAACGGAACGGGUUUUGACAUCUGGAAACGACGCCUUAGCCUUUCCGCAAACCGUUUUCCUGCCUCUACCCUGUGGAUGGGUUGGAUUACAGUUCCCCCUGAUUGCGCGGCCCAGCAGUGCUCGGGUUAGCUGGGCUAUGUGAGUCCCAGAAAGGGAGCCAAGUUGGAGCAAGGCGCCUUAAGGUGGCCUGGAGUAGAAACCGCUUGAUCAAGGCAGAACUAGAGAGAGAUAGAGAAUGGGGGCUGAAUUCAUCUUGAGGCCUUAGCAGCGGGUGAGAUCAUGGAGGAAAACGGUGAAGAUGUGGCUUCCCUGGCGGCCUACAUUUCAACAGAUGGCAGCUACACAGAGACCGUGCCCAUGCUGAAUCACAGCACACUGACGGCUUCCUCGCAGGGCUCUUCCUCUGCCACUAAAUCAAGGCGCCAGCCUGUUUGGACUGACGAGGAGACCCGGGCCUUCAUCCAUGUGUGGGGUGAUGACGAGGUGCAGAGUGCCCUGGCAUCAAACUAUCGCACAGUUACAGAAUUCCAAUCGAUAGCGGAACAAAUGCGAGUCCGGGGUUACAACAGGGAUUGGGAGCAAUGCCGCGAACGUGCAAAGGUCCUUCGACGGGGCUUCAAAGAGAUAGUGGAUGGGAACAGCAACUCUGGCCACGGACGCCGCGUGUGGCCUUAUUUCGAAGAACUUAAUCGAUUUCUUUGCAUCAAGCAAAAUCUGGUCGUUCCACGGCUUUCAGGGAGCAACCCGAGGCCUCCUGUUGACCGCCGGCGUCGUGAGCACAGAGAAGCGCAAGAUGCCCUCUAUGAGCAAUCCCCAGUAGGCAAGAGCGACAAAGGGACUUUUGAAGAGCCCGACGGGGACUGCCUGUUGUUGCCUGAACCAGGUUCUCAGCAAAGCGAAGCCAACAUGGAAAACCAAGCGGCAUCGCCAGCAGCAAAUUCUGAUAUUUCCAUGGAUGGUAGUAUUGGUCCUGGCACUCCCACCGAUCCUUUGCCAUCCAAUGACUCAGUUACUGCGCCAAAUCUGCGCCCUCGGCCCCUGACCGCUGCAGAGAGAAUGCGUAAUCUUCGUUGCCGGCAAAGAAAGAGAAGGGGGGAUACUUUGAAAGAGCUGAUGGAAGUCACCUCCCAGGCUACCAGUGAACUAGUCCGGACAUUGUCCGACCUCACACAUAAAGAGGUGGCUUCUUUUGAGCGUGCUUACAAGGAGGAUCUCGCGGCCCGGAAGGACGAGAUGGAGCAGAGCGCUGAGGACAUUGGAAGGCUUGUAAGCGCUUUGGAAUCAAGUGAUCAAACUCUGAAGGAGCAGCUAAGCAGCCAGACCAGCGUACUGCAGGGCAUUUUGGAGGUUAUGAAAGACAUUCGGGGUAGAACAUCGUACAGUCCUCCGUACCCGCCACAGUAUUACGAUUUCCCAGGUCCUAGCGUGAUUCACACAAGUGGUACCCCCUCAAACGGCCAAGAGAUGCCAUGCUCCUCCCCUUCCAGCCUUCCAUUUCCUUCCCAGCAGUCUGCCACCAGCAACGGAGAUGUCUCUCCCAGGAAGCGGAUGAAAUGAAGCCAUCAGGCAGAACGGCACUCCUGAUUUAGCGUCCUGGUGGAAACCAAUUCUCCAGUUCUUUGUUCCAUAUUAGGACACAUAUAUUGCUUUCCUUACUGCCUUUCUUCUUGCAUAGUUAGAACAUGUUCUCAUCCCUUUACGUGUGUCUCCCCACAACAUUAACGUUGUGGAAACAGCCGCCAGCAAAUGUACAUCUAGAUUUAUUAUUCCUUUUUUUUUUUUAGCGAACCUAUGUUAGUUUUCUUCCAUCUUGUUUCCAAAGGAAUGCAGUGUUUGAUGUACAAGUAUAAUUUUUUUUUAAAAUACACACUUAAAACACCUUACCUGGAACCUGUAAGAAGGUAAUAUUUGAAAAGUAAUAAAAACUGCACUGUUGUUCCAAGUUGUUCAA